AGCGACCCUCUCACGAGCCUAUAGCACCUUGGUGGGCUCUAGCAGUACUAUGCGGGUCGCCUAGUUGACGCAUUCUUCUUCGCGUCAUGACCCCAAAUAAAUCUCUCAACAUUCGUAAAGCUCAACUCAUUUCCUCUGGCCUUGGGCAACACUUUGUAAGCCCGAGGAAAGCCAGGGAUAAGAGGAAAACUCAAACGCUGGUUGAGUUACCUGGUGCAGAACUCAAGCGGCGUCGCCUACUUGCUCAAAUGUAACGACUCUUGGAUCAUGCAUGAUGCGCCCUCCACAACAGGGUCUUCUCCUUGUACCGUCUCU